UUCUGGCUUCAAGGUCUAAACCUUUGCUUUAUAAGCACAAGACUCACUCUCACCACACAAUAGGACAGAGACAUAAUCUUUGGCUUCAAACUUUCAAAUCUUACUAGAUUUAAUUUCAGCCAUAUGUUAAAGAAACUUCAAGACUUCUAGUCAGCUAAUGAUGGAUCUGAAAUUGUGGCUCUCAAUUCUGAUGGUUUGUGCGAUGGCUGAAUCUCAAAUCUUGCGCAAGGACUGGCUCAUAGAUGUGCCAUCCAGAAUCCCUGUUCUUCAAAGCUCAUGUGUGGUCAUUCCCUGCGUUUACUUUUAUCCCAAGACAAAAAAAAUAUUGAACAGAUGGCGGGGAUUCUGGAAGAGAGGGGACACGAUUGUAGCAUCAAAUUUCCUCAAUUUGAGACUAGCGAAUGAGUUCCACAUGCGAUCCAGAAUUACAGGAACCCUUCAAAGCGGCAACUGCACCUGGCAGCUGUAUGGCGUCAGAGAAACUGACACUGGUCCGUUUUACUUCAGAAUUGAAAUUCCACAACAUAAAAGCUUCACUUUCUCAAAAAAUACGGUGACCCUCAAUGUCUUCCGAGUUCCUAAGCCUCCCACCAUGUCUGUUGCAGUCCAAGAUGAAGUGACUGCCACCUGCAAAGUUACUCAUGUCUGUCCAUCAUCUCCUCCCAAAUUCUCCUGGAGCCACUCUGGAAUAAGGAAAACAAAGUCAAAAAAGGAAAAUAAAUGGUUGUGGUCAACAACGUCGACCCUCACCUUUACCCCUCAAGAAGCCGACUUCAACAUGCCUUUAAACUGUACUGUGACAUUCCCUGGCAAGAAGACUACAAAGGGCUCUGUGCUUCUCAUCAAGAAGAGUACCAAGUGAGUCUAAAUAUGGAGUACUAGAUUAGAGCAAUAUUUUUAGUGCUAUCUGCCAUGAUGGCAAAGUGAUUUUGCAGAAAAAGGCCUGAAAUAGUAAAACUACAAAAAAAAA